CGCAGGCGGUCUCGAGGAACUGCAGUUGUCUAACCGUUUUUGUUGCUGCCGACAGCGGGAGAGACGUUUCUAGCCUUACAUUUCAACACUACACCACCGGCUUUCCCUAUCAACUGUUAAAAUAUAUCACGAAUUUUGGUGGGCUCUGCAUUUACUAUCUCAGUUUUUAAUAAUGCCGCGUGGCGGGAAAAAGGGCCACAAAGGCCGAGGGAAGCAGUUCAGCAACCCAGAGGAGAUUGAUCGUCAGAUGAGAGCCCAGAAAGAGCUGGAGGAAAAUGCUGGUGCAGAGAAAGAGAGUUCUGAUUCUGAAGAGGAAAGCAGCAGUGAUGAGGAAUCUGAGUCCAAAAAGAGGAGUGGAGUGGAGGGGCUUAUAGAGAUCGAAAAUCCAAACCGUGUGUCUCAAAAGAGCAAGAAGGUGACUGAAAUAGAUGAAGGUGCUCCCAGAGAGCUGUCUCGCAGAGAAAGAGAGGAGAUAGAGAAGCAGAAAUCAAAAGAACGCUACAUGAAAAUGCAUCUUGAGGGCAAAACUGAACAGGCCAGGGCCGACCUGGCCAGACUGGCAAUCAUCAAGAAACAGAGGGAGGAUGCUGCCAAGAAGAGAGAAGAGCUCAGGAAAGUAAAAGAAGCUGAAGAAGCCAAAGCAAAGCGCUAGUCCUCCACCUGAAACGUUCGACAUGCACUUCAGUCUCAGAGGAAUGGAGGGAGAAGGCGAUCUGGAGGAGAACAGGGAGAGGACCAGUAUGAGUAACGUCAGAUCAGGGCUGCUGCUGAGCUCCUGUCCCUCACUUCAAAUCAGAGGGGCAUGGGUCUUCCAUGACCGUAUGGUCAGGACAGGAAAUACAGGUGAAGCAAAGUGAAGAGGACUACAACAUUUGGAAUACCUUUCAUUUUCUUUAAAAUUAUCUGGAGGUUCGAGAGAAGUCGUUAGCAGGUUUUCCAAGUGCUCCACAGCUUCUUCACUCUUCUCACCCACCAGGGUUUUCAUUUUAAAGCUGCUAAAACUUCCAUUCCUUUUCAUCCAUUUGUUUUUUUUUUUUUUUUACAGUUAUGUAAAAGAAGUUUCCUGACAGGUAUCUUUUUUUCCUUAAAACCGCAGGCCAAAUGGUGGAAUGUAAGGAAAAUCUGAUGCAUACAAACUUAACUUUGGAGUUUCGUUGUUUCAUUCUUGGUUUAAAAUUACAUCUUUUAAUUUCAUUGAGAGUUAAAUGGAUAUGUUUCAUAAGGGUUAUUUUUCAUUAUCUUACUUUACAUUAAAAUAGUAUGCUUUUUUUUUUCUAUUUCCUUUGGUCUGGUUAUCUUUUCUUUCUUUUUUUUUGUAAAAUCUUGAUUUGACAAUUUGCAAAAAUACAAGAAUUGGCUGACCUCCCUCCCACAGCAUACCAAGAAAACAAAAGAUGUUUUCCCCACAUUUACUCCCUUCAGUAGACCCUCCUCUUAGUUCAAGUUCAUUUUAAAUGUGUAUUGUAAUUUUCAACCUAAAGUUCCAGUAAUAAUACUUGAAUUUCCUAUAAUUAGCAUUCUUAAGUUGUUAAACAUCAUUGUCUCACAAACUGGUGUUUUGAAAUGGGAGCCUGUUUAGAAAUGUAUGAGGGAUUGUGUCUUUUGUUGCCUUUUUUUAAAAAAGUUUCCACAAGACCAACUCACUGUCUUUCUCCUGUAAAUAAAGUGCUACAAUUCAAAUCUUACAUUUAUUUGGUUUAUUAGGUAUAUUUCAUCAUAUAAGUCAUCAAACAUGAGUACCAUCAUCCACUUUCUCCAAAUGAUCAUGUUCGUCUCGCCUCCCAACACACUGCAGGCCUUCUGUCUUAUUUACUUCACAGGUGCUCAUAAUGAACUUAUAACUCAGUAUUUUGAUUUAUUUGGAACUGCCUUGAACAUGAAAACUAUUCCUAAGAAUAUGAUGAAAGAAUAAUGUAAAAGUAAAAUUGUUACAGCAUAAAGAUGUCUGGUUUUUCAUCAUGUGUUCGAAGGCAUUUUUAACAAUAAAAUCAUCAAAA